GGUUGUGGCUUAUGCUUCCCGUCAGCUAAAGCCGCACGAGGUGAACUACGCGACUCACGAUCUUGAGUUGGCAGCAGUGGUUCACGCCCUGAAGAUUUGGAGGCAUUAUCUGUACGGAGGACACUGCGAGAUUUAUACAGAUCACAAGAGCUUACAGUAUAUCUUCACCCAGAAAGAGCUCAAUAUGCGCCAACGGCGAUGGUUGGAGCUGGUGAAAGAUUAUGACUGUACCAUUAACUAUCAUCCGGGCAAGGCAAACAUUGUUGUCGACGCCCUCAGCCGUAAGGAAAGGGGCGAACUGACUUGUAUGAUCACUCAGCAGUGUCAGUUGAUUCAUGAGUUCGCUCGGAUGCAGCUAGAAGUGGUCGAAUCACCUCCUAAGUUGCCAGUUGUGGGAGGUAUUCGAGCGUUGAGAAUGUGGCCCACGCUACUAGAUAGGAUCCGGAGGGAUCAAGCCUUCGACGAGUUCGUUCGCUCGAUGGGGGCGAAGAUUAAUGCCGGAGGAGCCUACGCUAACAAGCGUAGAAGGGAGCUUGAGUUCGAAGAGGGAGACAAAGUGUUUCUGAAGGUCACGCCGAUGAAAGGCGUUGUACGAUUCCGGAAAAAGUGGAAGCUACAACCCCGAUUCAUAGGGCCAUUAAAUAUUCUCAAACGAGUUGGUGUAACAGCCUACCGUCUGGCGUUACCCCCAGAUCUCUGGGAUGUACACAACGUCUUCUAUGUGUCGAUGUUGAGAAAGUAUGUGUACGACCUGAGCCAUGUA